GUUCACCGCAAGCUACGAACGUCGCUCAGCCUUUUCUAGCCGUGACCGUGUGCCGAGAAGUACGACGGCCAGCUCUCCUAGUCCAGGAAUGGAUCCGAAAAGUAUGAAGGAAGAUCUACGGCUCUAUCAGAGCACUCUGCUCCAGGACGGCCUGAAGGAGCUCCUGAAUGAGAACAAAUUUGUGGACUGCACCCUCAAAGUGGGUGACCGGAGCUUGCCCUGCCACAGGCUCAUCAUGGCUGCCUGUAGCCCUUACUUCCGUGAGGUCUUCUUCUCUGAAGAUGGCAAGGAAAUCAAGGGUACCAAUGAAGUGGUUCUUGAGAACGUGGACCCAAAUGUCAUGGACAUGAUUGUAAAGUACCUCUAUUCCGCAGAAAUCGACCUGACAGAUGAGAACGUGCAGGAAAUUUUUGCUUUGGCAAACCGUUUCCAAAUCCCCUCCGUGUUCACUGUGUGUGUAAACUACUUGCAACGGAAGCUUUCUGUCGGAAACUGCCUGGCUAUAUUCCGAUUGGGGCUGGUUCUCAGUUGCCCUCGUUUGGCUGUGGCCGCCCGAGACUACAUUGCGGACCGCUUUGAGAUCCUUUCCCAAGAGGAGGACUUCCUCCAGCUUGAGCCACAUGAGCUCUUUGCCAUUAUUGGCGGGGAUUCGCUGAAUGUUGAGAAAGAGGAGUUGGUGUUUGAGUCCCUGAUGAACUGGGUCAGGACCGACAAGGAAAAGCGGGUGAAGAACCUAAACGACGCCUUUGACUGUAUCCGCUUCCGCCUGCUGUCUGAGAAGUACUUCAAGGAGAAGGUAGAGAAGGAUGACAUAAUCAAGGCAGACCCAGAACUGUUAAAGAAAAUCAAGGUCAUCAAAGAUGCUUUUGUUGGGAAGUUGCCUGCGAAGGAGAAGAAGAAAGGAGAAUCUAGUGCAGCGGUAGUAAAUGGGGAAGCAGGAGAGGAUGAAAUGUUGCCAGGUUACCUUAACGACGUCCGAAGGCAUGGCAUGUACGCCAAGGAUUUGAUCGUGCUGAUCAAUGACACCGCUGCGGUGGCCUACGACGCCAGUGAUAAUGAAUGCUUUCUGGCUGCCAUGGCAGAGCAGAUCCCGAGAAACCAUGUCAGUCUGACCUCAAAGAAGAACCAUCUCUACAUCCUGGGAGGUUUGUUUGUGGACGAGGAGAAUAAAGAGAUGCCUCUGCAAUGCUACUUCUAUCAGCUGGACAGUCUUGCCUCUGAUUGGAUCGCCCUGCCGCCAAUGCCAUCGCCGAGGUGCCUGUUCGGAAUGGGACAGUACGGAAACCUGAUCUUCGCAGUGGCUGGAAAAGACCUCCAGACCAACGAGUCCCUUGACUCGGUGAUGUGCUAUGACACUGAAAAAAUGAAGUGGACCGAGACGAAAAAGCUGCCUCUCCGGAUCCACGGACAUGCCGUGGUGUCCCAGAAUGGGCUCUUAUACUGCAUCGGUGGAAAGACAGAUGACAACAAAGCCAUCAACAAGAUGUUCGCAUAUAAUCACAAGCAAUCGGAGUGGAGAGAGCUGGCCGCCAUGAAAACUCCUAGGGCGAUGUUUGGGGCCGUUAUUCACAAUGGAAAGAUUGUGGUGGCCGGAGGCGUCAACGAAGACGGUCUCACCGCCACGUCCGAGGUCUACGACUUUGGAACCAACAAGUGGAUCCCCUUCACGGAGUUCCCCCAGGAGAGGAGCUCCGUCAACCUCGUCAGUAGUGGAGGUUCCCUGUAUGCUGUUGGAGGUUUCGCCAUGAUUCAGAUGGAGAACAAAGAGUGUGCCCCCACUGAGGUCACAGACAUCUGGCAGUACGAGGAGGACAAGAAGCAGUGGAGCGGGAUGCUGAGGGAGCUGCGCUAUGCCUCCGGGUCAUCCUGCGUCUCCAUGCGCCUCAACCCGGCCAAGAUGCCCAAGCUCUGAUUGGCAGCACCAGCACCUGCUCCUGCAGCCUCUCAUUACUGAUAGUUUGUCUUUCUGAAGUGGAAAUAUCCUAACAACUAUGACAGAUCAUUCGACAGGUUUAUGAAAGGGAAGGAAAGUCAAUUUUAACAAAGUUAUCACCUGGAAUGUCUCCAUAGUUAGCAUCUAUGUGCCUAAAAAAAAUCGAGGCCAAUGUUGAACUUUCAGUUUCACCUAGAUUGUAUUUAUGUACUUUUUUUGGUAAACUAUUUAUAAAGUGUAUCUAAACUGCCCGAGUGGAGUAAUAGAUCAAA